UGUUCCACCUUUCGCCUCCACCCGUCCGCCGUCGGAGGAGGAAAUUGGGGGCUCCACCCGCAUCCGUCGUAGCACAAACCUCGAUAGGGUCUCGGACAUCGUAGCCAUGGCCGACGCCGCGCAAUCCAUCCCGGCCGCGAUCGCUUCCCUCCAGACCUACUCCACGGCCCUCUACGCCUUCACCGCCGCGUGGCGCUCCGUCGAGUCCCACGCCGCCGGCCUCGACUCCACCCUCGCCGCCCGCCUCGCCGGCUUCUCGGAGCUCGAACUGAUAUGCUCCGCGAUGGACGGUGCCGGGCUUCGCGCGCACCUCACCGAGCACAGGGACGAGCUCAAGGAGCCCGCGCGCGCCCUCGACGCCGCGCUCCUGGUGGCGCCCGAUCCGGGGCUUCUGGCCCUCUCCGCGGCCGCGGGUUUCUGCCGCGCCCCGCCGGAGGUGGCCAAGAGCGAUGGGGACAUCAAGGUGUCCUGCUGCCUGCUCAUCGGCCUGCUCGACCGGCUGCGCGCGAUUGGAGUGAAGCCGUCGCCGGAGGCGCGCGACGAGGCCAGAGCUGUCGCGGCGGACUGGAAACGAGGCAAGCGGAUCGGGCCGGAGGCGAUGUUUAAGCAGGAGAUGUUCGCAUUCCUGCUUCUCGUGGGGGUGUUUGGGCUGGUUGAAGAUGUGGGCGGAGCCAGCGAGGUGCUAGAUCUGAUCGUGUCGAUCGCGAGCCGGGAGCGCGCCGUCGAUGCGUUCGUUGGCCUUGGGCUCGACCUCGACCAGCAUAUGCCUGUUCUCAUUGAGAAAAUGAAACAAAAGAGUAAACAGCUUGAGGCGGUCAAAUUCAUUCAAGCUCUUAAUGUUGUGCACAAAUAUCCUUUGAUGCCUGUUCUGAGGUCGUACAUUAGUGCUGCUGCAUUAGCUGGGAAGAUGAUCCGCAUCAGGGGAGAUGAUCCUGCCUCUCAGAAUGCAGCUGAUGCAAAAGAGCGCAUGCUGCUCGGAACAUUGCAGAAGUUCAUUCAGGAACAUAAGCUAGAAGAACUGCCUAUUUUGGAAGAAGCCAACAAGCGAACGGCACAGUUGGACAAGCAAAGUGCAGAGAGAAAAAGAGCUGCUGCCGCAGCGGUGGCAGCUGCUCAACAAGUUAGCAAGAACAUUGAGGAGCAGCGGAAGAUACAGCAGCUGAUGCAGCCUGCUAAGAGAUCAAAGGUAGACAAUGUGGUGCUAGGUUCUUCAGGCCAGAAUGUCCAUUCAGCUGGAACUCCUAGUCAACAAUUUAUCCCGAGGCAGAGCAUCCAUACUGCUGUGGCACCAAAUCAGUACCAAGCUGCUUUAAACCCGAAUGUACUACCUGCCAUCACCCAGAUUUCGCAAGUAGUUACUGGGAAUCAUCGUCCAAUUGGCAUCCAAAGUCAGGUCCCUGUUGCGCCGGCUGUUCCGACUCAUUAUGGUGGCCCAGAUUAUGAAGUGACAUCCUCCAGGCCAUAUAGGUCCAGCACUCUAGCUCCUGGACCAAGUGCUUUGAAUGUUCCAAGUGGGCGUGCAUCGUCAAGGUCAAGGCUCUAUUCUGGAGAUCCCCUUGCGGCUGUCUCCCGAUCAUCAGGCAAGAAGGGUUCAUCUUACAACUAUUCCUUGUCCAAUAUGUCAACUUAUGAUCCUAAAUGAAGAGGAUUCGGUUUACCUGUAACCGGUGGACUAACCUUGGAAAUUUGGGUUCCAGAAUGAGCUCUGGUCCCUUUGUACAGCUAGGUUUACAGCUAGGUUUGUAUCUAUAGGAAAAUUUCUUUGACAAAGUCCAAUAAAUAUUUUAGGAAGUCAAACAUGGACUCUGGUCAUAAGGACAGACUGCCUUCGUGUUAUUCUAUCUUUAGAUUCAAACGAUCUUCUUGUGUUACACGGGAAUAGUUGUUUCA